CAAACAUUUUGCUACUAACCCAAACUCACAAACCAAACUUACCCAAGAGAUCAUAGAUAAAUUUACGAGCUGUCCAAGAAAAGUUUUAUUACUCAUUUUUAUUUCUAUGGAAGUGGUGGUACAAAGCCCUAGUAGUCCUACUAUGGAUAAUUUUGAUUUUGGUGGCAACGUGGGAUCGAUAUACCAAAGUGCUCCUUCUUCACCUAAACGAUUUGGUGAUUAUUACCUAAGUGCGCCCGCGAGUCCAUCUAGGUUAUCUGAGUUAUACAAUCAAUUUGAAUAUUUCUCUUCAACCGAUCCCUCUUCAUCAUUUGAGGCAGCCAACAAAGUUGAUGAUGGCGACGAAAAUAGCGACUACAGUUUUGCCUUCUACGUCAAUGACGACAAGUCCUCCCGUCCGGCAGAGGAACUCUUUGCCGGCGGCAAGAUUAAGCUCUUGGACGAGUCUCGGUCCAAGGAGCCUAAACGAGGAAGAGAGAGAGAAAGAGAGAAAGUUAUGACGACGACAACCUUGUCGUCGUCAAACUCGGGUAGAAGGGCAGCACGAUCACACUCGCCUUAUAGAAAAUCAACUUCCCACUACUUGUGGGAAGCAGAACAACAACAACAGCAACAACAACAGUCAAGAAGAAGCAUUAAAGAGGAACCGAAUUCUUGUUCGAAGGGGUCGAAAAGGUGGUGGUUGAAGGACUUUUUGUUGUUCCGUAGUGCCUCCGAAGGGAGAGGGUCGUGCAAGGAUCCGUUGAAGAAGUACUAUAGUAAGAAGAAUAAUGGUGAAGAAGUGAAAGGGUCAUCAAGUUUUAGAUCCUCGGAUUCGAGAAAGAAGGGACCUGUUUCGGCGCAUGAAUUGCACUACGCCAUGAAGAAAGCGGAGUCCGAGGAUAUGAAGAAGAAAACCUUCUUGCCAUAUAGACAAGGAAUCUUGGGCAGGUUGGCUGGAUUCGGUCUCUAAUUACUGUAUCAAGUCUCUUGGAUACAAUUGUUCUUUUUGUCUUUUGUUAAAAAUGUUGCAUUCUUUUGUUAAAUUAAGUGUAAUAUAUAUAUCUCUUCACGGAUCAACUGAAGCAAUAUGUGAAAUAUUGGAUUAGUUGUAUUAAAUAUUUAAAGGAGAAACUUUACCUUCUAUGAUGAAAGAAAAACUGUCACUUGUAAUGGUACUAGUAGGUUUAGAAGGAAAACAAAAUUGUGAUAUGUAUCACUAGUGAUGGAUUUGAGCUAUAUAAACCCAAUCAUUUGUCCUUUUAUGUGAAGUAAUUAUAUAUGAUGUGA